AUGGAAGCACUCCUCUCUCUCGCCUUUGACAACACGUCCUCCAAGGACAUUAUCAAGAUCCGCAAGGGCUUGCGACAAAUCGAAGGUCUGCUGGCUCAGAUCUGCAUCCCUCCCUCAUGCGCCCAGCAGAAGCGCCGUCCCUCGUCUACCCGUCUGUCUGGCGACACGCUCCUGCCCCCGAGACAAUUGAGCUCCCUGUGCCAGGAUCCUGCCUAUAGAGAGUUCUUCCGCCUGCAGGAGGGCUUCGAGUGGAAUGUCGCUUCUCGCCUGAUGGCCUGUCUCGAAACUCUGCUGGGAAUGCCCAAUGCUACCCAGUCCAACGCCAUCAUCCUCUCCGCCCUGGACAUGCUCCAAGGAAUCCUCCUCCUGCACCCUCCUUCACGCGCUCUCUUCCGCCGAGAGAGCUACAUGGACCUUCUCCUUGAUCUUCUCGAUGCCGCAAACCCACCCGUCGUCCAGUCGCAAGCCCUUCUUGUCCUCGUCACCGCACUCCUCGCCACCCCCGAAAGCACUCGCACUUUCGAAAAGAUGGAUGGCCUUCUCGCCGUUGCCAGUUUGUUCAAGUCGCGCACCACAUCCAGAGAAGUCAAGUUGAAGGUCGUCGAAUUCCUCUACUUCUAUCUCAUGCCCGAGACUCCCUCUACCAACUCUUCCUCGGCUGGUCCGCAGAGAAGGUCCGCCAAGCGUAUCAACACAAACGAGAGCAUCGGCUUUUCAAAGACGACCGACGAGAAACAGCGCCUGCUCGGUCAGUAUCUGAGCAACGUGAAUGAACUCGUCCAGGACUUGAAAGAGAACGCUCCCUUUGCUUUCUAG